AUGUCGUCGACCUUGUCCAAGACUCGCUCGACCUUUGCCAGUGCGCGUUUGUAUGCUCGCAGUGGCGGUCUCGAGUGCGGGAUCGCCUGUCCUUCGUUCAGUACUCGCCGGCCACUCCGUAAGUACGGCAAGCCCGGGCGCCUCGAGAACCACGCCGUGCACAACCUCCGCCUCGAGCACCUCUCCGAAGCGCACUUCACCGCCACGCCCGCGCUGCAUCCGCGCUUCGAGGAGCCCCAGCUCUCGUUCACGUACUGGGCCAAGGACGUCGAGCGCGCGUGGGAGCCGACGGUCCCGCAGCUCGCGGAGACCCUGGGCGACCGCUCGCGGUACCCCGCGUUCGACCGCCUGCGCAGCCUGUUCGAACCCUUCGAGAAGCAGGGCGUUGAGGUCGACGCAGAUGCGGAGUUCAUGCUCGGCGAGGACGAGGAUCUGAAGGUUACUAGUAGCCGUUCGACUGUCCCCGUUCCCGUCUUUCCCACUCAGACCCCGAGCGACGACCCCGCGUGA